GCCAGCAGGCUGCACGCCCAGCCGAGCCGUCUAAGCGGGAACAGCUCUACCGAGGGAGCCGCAGAGCAGAGGACCGUAGGUCUGCAGGUUGACUAGGUGCCGCAGAAGGAGUUACAGCAGCGAGCGCCACCAGCUAGGAGGUCCCGAGCAGCAGCAUGGCCCGGAGAAGCGCCUUCCCCGGCGCUGCACUGCGCUUCUGGAGCAUCCUCCCGUGCCUGCUGGUGCUGCGGGCAGAGGCUGGGCCGCCGCGGGAGGAGAGCCUGUACCUGUGGAUCGAUGCUCAUCAGGCCAGAGUUCUCAUAGGAUUUGAAGAGGAUAUCCUGAUUGUUUCAGAGGGGAAGAUGGCCCCCUUUACACAUGAUUUCAGAAAAGCACAACAGAGAAUGCCUGCUAUUCCUGUCAAUAUUCAUUCUAUGAAUUUUACCUGGCAAGCUGCAGGGCAGGUAGAAUACUUCUAUGAAUUCCUGUCCUUGCGCUCCUUGGAUAAGGGCAUCAUGGCAGAUCCAACUGUCAAUGUCCCACUGUUGGGAACAGUGCCACACAAGGCAUCAGUUGUUCAAGUUGGUUUCCCAUGUCUUGGAAAACAAGAUGGAGUGGCCGCAUUUGAAGUGAAUGUGAUUGUAAUGAAUUCUGAAGGAAAUACCAUCCUCCAAACACCUCAAAACGCUAUCUUCUUUAAAACAUGUCAACAAGCCGAAUGCCCUGGAGGAUGCCGAAAUGGAGGCUUUUGUAAUGAAAGACGUGUCUGCGAGUGUCCGGAUGGAUUCUACGGACCACACUGUGAGAAAGCACUUUGCAUGCCACGGUGUAUGAAUGGAGGCCUUUGCGUUACUCCUGGCUUCUGCAUCUGCCCUCCUGGGUUCUAUGGAAUCAACUGUGAUAAAGUAAAUUGCUCAACCACCUGCUUCAAUGGAGGGACCUGUUUCUACCCUGGAAAGUGCAUUUGCCCUCCAGGUCUGGAGGGAGAACAGUGUGAAAUAAGCAAAUGUCCACAGCCCUGUCGAAAUGGUGGUAAAUGCAUUGGUAAAAGCAAGUGUAAGUGCUCCAAAGGUUACCAAGGAGACCUCUGUUCAAAGCCUGUCUGUGAGCCUGGCUGCGGUACACACGGAACCUGUCAGGAGCCCAACAAAUGCCAGUGUCAGGAAGGCUGGCAUGGGAGAUACUGUAAUAAAAGGUACGGAGCCAGCCCCAUGCAUGCCCUGAGGCAGGCAGGCGCCCGGCUCAGGCAGCACACGCCUUCACUUAAAAAGGCCGAGGAGCGGCGGGAUCCACCUGAAUCCAAUUACAUCUGGUGAACUCCGACAUCUGAAACGUUUUAAGUUACACCAAGUUCAUAGCCUUUGUUAACCUUUCAUGUGUUGAAUGUUCAAAUAAUGUUCAUUACAGUUAAGAAUACUGGCCUGAAUUUUAUUAGCUUCAUUAUAAAUCACUCAGCUGAUAUUUACUCUUCUUUUAAGUUUUCUAAGUACAUCUGUAGCAUAAUGGUAUAGAUUUUGUUUCAGUCAGUGCUUUGGGCCUGAUUUUUAUACUGUCAGUUGAUCAGGUUAACAUUUUGCAUUUUCGGUGGGUAGUUGGCAGAUAAUUUUCAAAAUUACUAUUCACUUGUGGUGCCCUGGGGCUGGGGAAGGUUAGAGAGGGCAAAUUAACCAAAAAUGCCGAAAUCAGGAGGGGUUUGGGAGAAGCACUUAAUGAAUUGUGUUGAAGUUACACCAUUGUGAAUUUUACUGUCGCAUAUUUAGAUAUUUCUCAUUUUUAAAAAAUCACUACUUUUUAACUCUCAAUACAAUAUAUGACUUCUUAGAGAAUUUGAUAUUAAAAAAAGAAACAAAAACACUGUAGUAGUGCAUUUAACAAUAUAAUAUAUUGUAAACACAUUAAAAUAGUGGCACUAAUGUAUGAACUCUUUGCAUUGGCUUACAGCAAUAUAAUAUAUUGUGAAACAAAACACAGCUCUUACAUAAUAAACAUUUUAUACUAUUUGUAUGUAUAAAAUAAAGGUGCUGCUUUAGUUUUCUGAA